UUAAAAAACAGCAGCUUAGUAGGAAAAUGAGCAAAGACACAGAGGCAUUUCACAGAGAUGAAAAUAUAAAUGAUCCAUUGAUACAUGAAAAAAUGGUCGACCUCAUUAAUAAUUAAGGAAACGCAACCCAGAAACUACAAUGAAAUUUUAUUUUAAUCCCUCCACACUGGCAUGUUUCAAAAUAUUUGAUAGAACAAAGUGUGAGAGAGGAUGUUGUAGACCAAUGGAAACUCCUAUGCACUGGUGAAGGAAGUCUAAAUUGGUACAGGUGUAGAGGGUCAGGGCCUUGCAUACUUAGCACACUCAGCAAGAUGUUCAGGAGUACAAGAGACCACUGGAGGAAUGUCUCUCCCCACAGUGUCUGGUAGGAAAAUACUGGAUGGACAUUUUUGGGUAACAUUAUGACAAGAUAGGGCCUGUAGCUUGUGCUAUUGGCUUAGAAGCAUGAUAUUGAAAACAUCUAGGUACCAGACACUUGUUCUGUUUUUGUCAAACAAAGUUUUAUCAGUUUGGGGGAUGGAACUGAAGGUAAUAAAAGAGGCCCUUGUUCACUUUGAGUGGACCAUGCUCUACAGUGCUGGGUAGUGGGCCUGUAUACAGUAUAAGAGCAAGAUUGGUAAGAUGCACCUCAUCCAGAUUGGCCACAUGCAGAAUGUAUAUAUCAAUAUACAGUUUGAGGGUGGGCCUUCAGGACAAAAUGCUGACUUAGUCAGACUUGUUACUUGCCAUUGUGCAUUCCCCAGGUAGGGAUUUUAAGGGACUUGGAAGCCUGCAUCCACUUACCUUUGUAUAUAUUGCUGAUCUCUCUGCUGUGUAUGCCUGACUGUGCUGAUUUCCUUCUGUAUUCUUCAGAUUAGUAAACCUUGGUGGAUAUAAAUGGAUGUUAUCUAUGACUUGUCUUGAUGUCAGUCUGAGUGAACUGCUGAUGUUGAUCAGCACAGCUGUCAUGCAGAUUAGUAUCAGAAGCAGGAAUGAUGUGAAGACCUAGACCAUGAUGUCUAAGUCCCUGUGGAGAAAGUGCCAGAAUAAUGAAGGGUAGAAGAUAAUAUUGGAAUGACUUGUUAGUCUGCUGACCUGUGUUUUGAGGUUUGUUCUUUCGGCCCACGGUCUUUAGGCUCUCCCAACUGAAAAAUCUCAGCUACUGUCAGGAGGUCCCCUCCACACAGUGUGCUCUCUCUCAGUGUUAUGGUGGUAUGGUGCCCCACUGUUCCUAGCCCUGAGGUACUGCACUUUUUAUAAUUUCCCUAUACUCUGUCCACACUUUUGUAAAUAAUCCUUUUUUAAAAUUCUUCUAGAAUUAACCAUUUUUGCCAAUGGUUUCCUGCCAAGGCUCUGACUGUUACACUUACUUUGGUCUUUCACUCAAAAGAAUGAUUGAGAGCAAGAAUGUGAUCUCUCAGUAGUCUUUCUAGAUGCCUGCAGCCCGGGAGGAAAGAUCCAUGGAUCCAAUACCACGGCUCUGGUAUUUAGCCCUCCAACAGACCAUGUUUAAAGCUGCAGGCUUUAUAGAGUUGGCCUUGGAAUAUAUGUGGUUGGUUUGGUGGACAAUGGUCAACAUCCAUUUUGGAAGCAGCCAUUACUAAUGCUAUGAUAUUAGUUAUAGUAUGAUAGUUUUAGUAUUUAUGUUAAGAAGUGGCAAUGGUAUAACUAUGGCCACAUAAUUCACAUCAGUGGUACCUGAUGGAAUAAGGGCAAUGAUAAUCCAACAAAGUCAUUUGGGAAAUUGAACUCUGAUUACCAGCUAAAGUGGUAUACAUGGAAACACACUGUCCUGGGAAAGACUCAAACAUGAGAAAGAAAAAUUACAGUCAAUCCUAAAUUACUCAACAACAACUUAUAAAAUGGUACAAGUUCUAGUUUUGGAGGGGGUAAAAGUAAUAGGGCUAGUAAAAAAAGUAUGAUCAAACAUGAAAUGGUAUGUGAAAUGCAUUCUGAUAUGUUGUGUAUUCUAAACUUUCUCCUCAUUGGAUAAUUCUAAUACAUAGGUAGAGGAAUCUUAUUAGUGUAUUUCUUCUUAUGAGGGGAUGUAAAAGUUGUUACAAGAACAAAAAUCUGAAUCUAUAGAACGGAAGCCAUGAGAAAAACACUGAACAGGGUUGGUGGUAGGUUGCAGGGUCAGCCCUACAACUGGUCUAAGGUCCUGUUAUAGGACUCCCAGAUGCAGCUGGGAGCUGGCCUUAUUCUAAUUCCAUAGCAGAGUUCAGGAAGCAUUUGGGUCAGGUUAAGUUAGCCUGAGAAAGCUGAGGGUGAUUAAGGAGGACUGUGUUUAUGCCCAAGUAUAUUCUGUAGUGCUCUGUAAUCAUAUUGUACACCACAUAAUGCCAAGAUGGAUGAGGUUCACCUGGCUCAGGUGAGUGGCUCCUUGGCAUGUAUCCAGAAGAGAUUAUAUAUCAUUCAUUCAGAUUUAUCACCUGCACUCUUGUGAGAUUCUUUUGAGAGGAUCUAAAAGCAUAUCCCUCUGUCUGUUAUUGGAUAAUAUUGCUGAACUCUCUGCUUUGUAUCUUAAUGGCAUUGAUUUCUCUCUCCAUCCUUCACAUCAGUGUUUCCAAACAGUUUCUACUGCAACUCAUUAGCAGGUUGUAAAGUCAAGUUUCUGACACGCAAGCAGCAUUGAAAGAAAUGGAACAGAGAGAAAAUUUUAGAGUGCCACACAUGUAAAAAGGGGAAAUAUGGUUUUGUGAAACCUUUGUGUUCCCCUUAUAAUAUGUAUAUAUUAUCUACAUAUAUUUAGAUUGUGAUGUAUAUAUACAUGUAUAUGUUCUUGUAUAUAUAGUAAUAUAUAUAAAACUAUAAAAAGUAUUGCUGUUGGUCAUGGUCAAAAUUUGUAAGGCAUUGUUUUAGAUAAAUUAGCCUUCUUUGGUUGACAGAUGGUGUCUGUGUGUGAUUUCUGUUAGCCUGAACUUCUAUUGGCAUAUCAAUACAGUGGCCAUGCACUCUGAAAAAUCCAUAUUUUGAAGUUUAUAUGCUAUACUUCAUUAUUGUUAUUCAAAUAUUCAGGUAGUUAAGAAUUGACUGAUAUGAUAUGGCUCACUAGGGAAGAACCUGGAGCCCCUCAUGUAAGGCUUACUUUAAGGGGUAUACCUUUUAAUUCUAAUCUAAGACCAGUGACACUCAACCUUCCUCCGGGGUGACUUUGAUAGUGCCUUUUGGUAGAAUUCCCCCCUUUCUGUUUGUGUCCCUGAGUUCAUUCCUGAGGAAUGAGACUUGUCACUCUUCUGAGUUAUUCUGUGUGACUGUUUUAGUGACACACCUUUCUGUUCCGGGUGGCUCAGAACCCUACUCCCUUUGAAACUGAGUCCAAAUCCUCCAUCGUCUUUAUGACUCAAAUCUCUUCCUUCCCUGUGUGACACUGGACACUAUUAUAUUUGCAUUUUAGCAAAGAGCUGCUGAGUUUAGAUCCUAGAUGGAAUCUGACAAUCCAUGUCAUCUGUGAAGAGGACAGACUAACCUGAGAGAGCCAGAGAGGGGUCACUAAACUGUGCUCUACAACAGACUAAAUUGGGCAGAGACAAGAGACAGUACAGUGAAACAACAGGUAGAUGUGACAGAUUCAUGGAGAGAAACUUCAAAUCAGCAAGGAGAUUGUACAUCAAAAGAAAGAAGAAAGAUCAGGUCUGCCUAAUAGCUGAUAUGUUGGGACUCACUGAGUGGGUGUUUCUGGUUCUAUCUGCCACUCAGUUCCUUCUGGGAAUGCUGGGGAAUGGUUUUAUAGAGUUGGUCAAUGGCAGCAGCUGGUUCAAGAACAAGAGAAUCUCUUUGUCUGACUUCAUCAUCACUAACCUGGCUCUCUCCAGGAUCGUUCUGCUGUGGGUUCUCUUGGUUGAUGGUGUUUUAAUGGUGUUCUCUUCCAAAGUACGUGAGGAAAGGAUAGUAAUGCAAAUUAUUUAUGUUUCCUGGACAUUUACAAACCAUCUGAGUAUUUGGCUUGCCACCUGUCUCAGUGUCCUCUACUGCCUGAAAAUUGCCAGUUUCUCCCACCCUACAUUCCUCUGGCUCAAGUGGAGAGUUUCCAGAGUCGUCAUAUGGAUGCUCUUGGGUGCGCUGCUCUUAUCAUGUGGCAGUGCCGUGUCUCUGACCCAUGGAUUUAAGAUUUAUUCUGUUUUCCGUGGAAUCAAUGGCACAAGGAAUGUGACUGAGCACUUUAAAAAGAGAAAUGAAUAUGGAUUGAUCCAUGUUCUUUGGACUCUGUGGAACCUCCCUCCGUUAAUUGUGUCUCUGGCCUCCUACUUUCUGCUCAUCCUCUCCCUGGGAAGGCACAUGUGGCAGAUGCAGCAAAAUGGUACCAGUGCCGGAAAUCUAAGCACUGAAGCUCACAAGAGGGCCAUCAAAAUCAUCCUCUCCUUCCUCUUUCUCUUCCUACUUUACUUUCUUGCCUUUAUAAUUACAACAGCCAGUGAUUUCCUACCAGGAACUAAGAUGGUUAAGAUGAUUGGAGAAAUAAUUACAAUGUUUUAUCCUGCUGGCCACUCAUUUAUUCUCAUUCUGGGAAACAGCAAGCUGAAGCAGAUGUUUGUGGAGAUGCUCUGGUGUAAGCCUGGUCAUCUGAAGUCUGGAUCCAAGGGCUCCUUUUCCCCAUAGAGCUGCAGAAGGCACAGGAGGGAGCCUGGGAGUCCUUCGGCCUGGCUCAAGACUACAGGGCUCUUCCUUACCCUCCGGGGCACCAGUUCUGUAAUAUCAGUAGGAGAGAGACAAUACUGUUUUGCCCUGUCCCACCUGAGGACACUUCACAUGACUUGUCUUUCUCUGGUUGUUUCAGAGAGGGUGAAACAGUCUUUGGAAAAUGUCAAUUUAAUAAGGACUGAUACUAUAUAGACAUGGAGUUAUAUUUUAAUAACUAUCAGCUUGACAUAAUGAGCUGAUUACUACCUUUAAACUAAAGUUUUUACUGACAGUGAUAAGCUGAUGUAAAUAAAACAGUGUAGGGGACUUGAGGGAAAGAGCAAAAGCAUUGCAAUUCCACAGUCUUGGGUUUGAAUUCUGGUUCUGUCCAUUUUCCAAGACUUGUGGCCUUAGGUGAAUUACUUAAAUUAUCUGUCUGCUUCUCUCUUCCCUCGUUUUGAAAUGCGAACUAUGACAUUGACCUCACAGGGUUUUAGAGAUUCGUGAGACAAGGUGUGCCAACAUUUUAGCACAGCAUAUUGUAUAAUAGGUGAAGAUAUUGUUGUAACUGACAGUGAAUUGCACAGCAACAGCAAUUCCCACAAGACAGCAGUUUCCACAAAUCUACUGUGUAAUGACAAGAGCAGCGGAGUGAAAAUCAAGACCCUUUGAUAGAACUAGGUUCCAAUCCAGUCUGUGGUUAAGUCAUUUUACCUCAAUUUCAAUAGUUCUUAAAUUCUUUGUCAUUUUGCUGAAGCAAAUUUUCAAGUAAUUUUUAGUUUUUCAGAUUGGCCAGAAGUCCAAGUGUUUUUUUUUUUAAGUAACCAAGAUGCAUAUCUGCCUUUAAAAUCUCAGAGUUUUAUAAAAAAAAUAAUUUAAGCAGUUUUUAUAAGUUUAUUUUAAAAAAAUUACAUGGGUGUUGAUUUACUUCCUAUCACUGAACAGUGGUGACAAGUCAGUGAGAAUAUUAUUGCUUAAGAUCAUGAAGAAUUCUCAAACUUGUGAACAUAUUCAGUUAGGACACAUAGAAAUUCUGAAUCUGGAUUUCUGUCACUAAUGGGGCUCUCAGGUGUAGAGUUUUGUGGCUAAAAAUGUGGACCCUGAAGCCAGAUAGCCUGGGUGCAAACCCUGACUCCAGCCCUUAUGAACUGGGUGAACUUGGGGAAGUUUCUCAACCUCUCUUUGUUUUAUUUUCCUGAUUUUUAAAAUGGGAAUAAUAAUAGUAUUUUGUUAAUAGGGCUGUUGGAAGGAAUGAGUGAAUUAGCACAUGAAAAAUGCUUAGAGUUUCACAUAGAGUAACCAACCAAUAAAUGUUACUAUUAUUAUUAUUGUCUUGUUUUGUGAAAGGGGUUAUAUUUUGACAUAGCAUGAAGGAUCACUACGUUACUUGGAAUUUGGUCAUAUGUAACCAGAAAUUAAUUUUAGAAUUGUUCUGGGAUUUAUAUAUUCAUUUCUAAAAUUAAAGGAAUAAAAUAUCUUUUGGUCUGCAUUGUUUGCUUUCAGAUUGAUCCUUGUUUUUGAAGCUUCUAGGAAAAUUCCUGAUUCUGACAUAAGUUAAAAUUCUCUUUCAAAAAGAUAUCUGUUGAGGGGCCGGCCCGGUGGC